UUUACUUCAUUCAAAUUUACUCUAUAGAUAUAUAUAGUAGCAAGAAAAACUGAAAAUAUUUGUGCAAAAUAAAAAAAGGAGUUGUCAGUUACUUCUGCCCUGGAUUCGCAUCAUGUUGGCGAUAAACAAGUACAUCCUGUCCCCCGAUUCCUUCUUCUUCCUCGAAAUUUAAUUACAAUUUUAUAUAAUUAAAUUUCAAAUACAACGCAUUCGAUCCACAAAAAAUCCCCCAAUUUCUAAAACAAUUAUUUCUCUGCCAGCUAUCAAAUCUCCACCCUCACUCAUAAAUUCACCUCCCCCAAUUCCCAAACACACAUCACACACAACCCCUUCCAACCAAUCUUGCCAUUCCACUAAAUGGGUAUCUCCAGAUUCAUUGGGGACUUUCUACAAACAUUUGGUGGGCGAUCCCGAUCAGCGGCGGAAUCCACCAUUGACGACGGCAAAACAAGGCCCCACAGAAUGGUAUACGACGACGUACUACUCAGGGCGUUGAUUACGGUAUUUGGGAUGAGAGAAAACGGGAGGAUCAAAAAGGAAAAGGCAAAAGGGGUGGUGGAGAAACUUGGGUUGAUACAGAGUGAAGAAGAGAAGGCGAGGUUCGAGCUGGCGACGGCGGCGGAGGGCGGCGACGAGGUGGCGGUGGAGGAGGUGAUCGGAGAGGAGGAAGGGAAGAGAAAUGAAUUGCUUUAUGAAGCGUUUAAGAUAUUUGAUGUAGAUGGAGAUGGGUUUAUUGAUACAGUGGAAUUGAAAAGAGUGCUUGAUUGUUUGGGGUUAGAUAAAGGAUGGGGAAUUAGGGAGAUUGAGAAAAUGGUUAGUGUUGUGGAUGUUAAUUUGGAUGGUAAAGUUGAUUUUAGUGAGUUUGAAUUAAUGAUGGGUGUUAAAUGCCUUUGAUUUAUUUUAUGUUAUUAUCAUUUUUUUCCCUUCUUUUUUUAUUUAUGUCAAAGUUCUACCAAAAAGUGGUAGUUUUGGCAUAAUCUUUGUCCAACUAAAGAAAAUAAAAUGAAUAACAUUCUUCCCU